AAGCGGUGAGUGGGGGGCAAUAGGCGUGAGCCACGGAUCGGCACGAAAAGGGCAACUAUCUCCGAGCACUGGUCUAGAUAUACUAUAUUUAGUAAUAUAUAGAAGUCUGUAGUUAUUAAUUGUGCGAUUCGCGUAUGCGCAAGAACAUACAUUUACCUAGAAAUUUUGGGGAGUGAAACUACUGUUCUUAUUUAUACUGUGUGUAGUAGUAAUCGUAUCAAUUAUGGAUCCGUCAAAGAACGAGAUGCAGACCGAGCCAACGUUGAUCCAAAAUCUGUCAGCAGAGCAGUAUUCAAGGUGCGAAUCGCCAAAGCGUGGCACCACGCUUUCCACCAGCACCAGCAGUUUUGAGGCGCUGGAUCCGCAUGAUCCGAACCUAAGUCGUUUGGCGAACACGAUGUUUGAGAAGACAGGAGAAUAUCUGCAAGAGGAGCUCAUUUCCAUCCACGCAGAUUAUCAAUUGUUGGAACGCUUAAACAAAGAAACUAUUGCCAAGUACACAGAACUGAAGAUUAUUUCGUCGAAUGUCGUGCAAUCAUUGGAUUCUCUGAAUGAGAAGUAUCAAAAGUUACAACCGAUUCUAGAUAAUAUCAAUCAGAUUGAUGAUAGUGUCAGCAAACUGGAGCAAGCUGCGUAUAAACUCGCAGCAUAUUCUAAACGUCUUGAAGCCAAAUUUAAGGAUCUCGAAAAAGAAAAUACAAAAAGCAAAUAAAGUUAUAUAAUUGUAAAGAUAUAAAACGUUGUCUAUAUGUACUUAUGUGUAAUAGACAGAGAGAGUAUAUUAUAAUGUCAGAACUAUUUAUCACCAAUAUAAAUAAUUGUAUAGAGAAAGAGAGAGAGAGAAAGAGAAUAUAGGAGCUUUUCAACAAGCAAAUACAAGUACAGGCACGAUGUCACACAAUUGGCAAUUGAAUAGAAAACUUUUAAAUUCCCAAAAAUAUUUCUAUGUGAUAGCCAAUUGUAUAAUAUUGUAUUUGUUUUUAUACUGAAAAACUGCCUAUAUAAGCAGUAAUGAAAAGCAUAUCUUUUUAUAUUAUAUUUAUUAAUAUAUGAAACCAUAAAUACAUUUUACUAAGAUUCUAUAAAAUU